GUUACCAUGACCGUCGGAGGACCAAUGAUCACACUUUCCAAUGGAGUGAAAAUGCCCCAAGUUGGGUUAGGAACAUGGCAGUCGAGCCCCGCUGAAGUUAAAGCAGCCGUCAAAGCUGCAGUUGAAGCUGGUUACCGUCUCAUAGACACGGCUACUUGUUACCAAAAUGAAGACGCUAUCGGCGAAGCCAUCAAAGAGUUGAUUCAAGCAGGAAAAGUUACUCGCGAAGAAUUGUUCAUCACAACUAAGCUAUGGGCUACCCAUUUGCAUCCGGAUGACACAGAGGGAGCCCUGCGUGAAUCACUUCGACUUCUUCAGCUCGACUACGUCGAUCUCUACCUUGCCCAUAUGCCGGCUUGUUUUAAUCAUGACAUGUCUGCGCAGAACCAUGAAGUAACAGUACAAGACGUAUGGCGUGGUUUGGAGGGUGUAUACAAGAAGGGGCUCGCUAAAGCUAUUGGCGUAUCUAACUGGAGUGGUGAGCAGAUCGAACGGGUCAUGAAAACCGCCACCGUGCCUAUUCAUAAUUGCCAGGUUGAGCUUUACCUCUACUGGCCACAGCAUGAACUACAAGAGGUCUGCAAGAAACACAAUAUUUCCCUCACAUCCUAUGCAUCAUUAGGGUCACCUGGACGAGUCAACUUCUCUCUUCCUGGAGGAGUAAAACUGGAUUGGGCACCUGCACCGAAUGCACUAGAAGAUGAACACGUAAAGGAGUUGGCCAAGAAAUACUCUAAGACCCCAGCUCAGAUUUUACUUCGUUAUGUGAUGGAUCGUAACAUUGCCAUUAUACCGAAAUCAGUGAAUCCAUCAAGAAUCGUCGAAAAUUUCCAGCUAUUCGACUUUAAAUUGACUGAUGAUGACAUUAAAUUGCUGGAAUCUACAAAACACCGGCAGAGACUGUUCCUGCAAGAUUUAGGACCAACAAUCACGCUAUCCAGCGGUGCGAAGAUGCCGCAGGUUGGACUAGGAACGUGGCAGUCCAAACCAGAAGAAGUGAAGGCCGCAGUAAAAACUGCUAUCGAGGCAGGAUACCGUUUAAUCGACACUGCUACUUGCUAUGAAAAUGAAGGUGCUAUCGGUGAAGCUAUCAAGGAAUUGAUUCAAGCUGGAAAAAUCACUCGUGAAGAGCUGUUCAUUACAACAAAGCUAUGGGUUACCCAUCUGCAUCCUGAUGACGCCGAAAAAGGUAUUCGCGAAUCACUUCGUCUUCUUCAACUGGACUAUGUCGAUCUCUACCUAGCACAUUUUCCGACCUGCUUCAAUCAUGACAUGACGGCACACAACCCUUCUGUGACCGUACAAGAUAUAUGGCGUGGUCUGGAAGGUGUAUAUAAAAAGGGACUGACCAAAGCGAUCGGUCUCUCCAAUACCAAUGCUGAACAAAUUGAACGUGUUCUUAAAACUGCUACCGUCCCAAUUCACAACUUACAGGUGGAGCUCUACCUCUACUGGCCCCAGCAUGAAUUACAUGAAGUAUGUAAGAAGCAUAACAUCUCGCUGACAUCUUAUGGUUCAUUAGGAUCACCUGGUCGCGUCAACUUCUCUCUUCCAAGUGGAGCGAAACUUGAAUGGCCACCUGCACCAAGUCCACUUGAAGAUGAAAAUGUGAAAAAGUUGGCCACAAAAUACAAGAAAACUCCAGCCCAGAUCUUACUGCGCUAUUUGAUUGAACGAAACAUUGCCGUCAUUCCAAAAUCUGUCAAUUCUUCGAGAAUUGUCGAGAAUUUCCAAUUAAGACAACAAUCGAUGUUUGGAGGCAGUGAAUACCCUGGAAGGGUUCAGAGGACAAAGGGUGGAAUAUGGAAAGAUAUCAUGUAA